AUGGUUCGGAUUCGGCAUAUAAUGGAGAUGCGGAGGGCGUGUAAAGCGCCGCCACUGCUGCCGCCCAAACUGAGAAAGUGAGUUGAGGAUUCAUCAACAAAAACAUUGGCAUGUUCAGACCAGACUUGCCAAAUCCCGGGCCGGCCCGGUUUUGGCCCGGCCCGGCCCGGUCGGCCCGGAAGUUAGACCUCAAAAAAAAUAUGCAAAAAAAAAUAUGAAGGAAGAGGAAAACGCGUGCGGCAAAAUUGCUAAAAUGGCGUGCCAGAGUUGCAAUCAAUCGCUCCGCCCACUCUUGAGAAAAUUUUCGUAAUUUUUGUGAAAAUUUUGCGACUUUAAACAGCAAUUUCUAUUUUUUUUCGAAGUUCUAGUUCGCUUUGAAUUUUUAGCUGCAUCCUCCCGGGCCGACCGGGCCGGGCCGGGCCGGAAAAUUUCCAAUUUUGGCCCGGCCCGUUGCAAGUCUGGUUCAGACUGAUAGUGGAACUUUUGUUAGAACUCUAGUACACACAUAAGUGCACUAGUCUCUAGUCUUCUAACUUCUGAUCAUUUGCAGAGAAGGCUCGGAAGCGUCGGAUCGUCGCGGCGUGAAAGACGUCAUCGACCUGAGCUUCCGCGUGUCAACACGCGCUCCGGAACGCCUCGCUUCGAACGCCUUCUACGUGCACCUCUACGAAAGUCAGGACUCGUUGGAGGGCCCGUGGAGCCUGGUGAGAUAUUUUAGUUUUCUGGGAACAAAAGAGAGAAGAAAAGUGCGUAGAAGUGUGUGUGUGUGUGUGUCAUGCAUAUUCUAGCGCCUUUCCCGGAAUUGACAAGUUCAACAACAGAUCACUGAAAGCGACCGUCUGAACGUGAAUGACGUGGCCGUGCUUGACGAUCUUUUCGCCAUCGAAUUCUGUUUUGAACGUCUUCAAUGGCUCCGUUUAGAGAUGUAAAUGAAUUCUUCCGGGUCAUCAUCAACUACAAAUUCAUCGGUUUCAGAUCUGAAUCCACGGAAAAUGGAGGAAAAGUGGUAAGAGCGGCGGAUGUGUUCAAUACGGCUCAAGUCUGUUUAGGACAAGUGACACUACAGCUAGUGUAAGUUUGUAAGAUCCAAUUGGAAACCAAGUAACAAUAACUUUUCAGUGACCAAUCCGGCUACCGUCUGAGCGAAGUGGAGAUCUGGAGCCAAGUCCGCGAGCGCUCUCAACCAAUCAUUCUUCAACUUGAAGCCAAAAACAUCUCAACCAAAUUCGCAUCCUCUAACUCAAAUGUAACGCAUAAUCCGAAUACUUACAGGCUAUCAAAUACGGCUCCUCUGUUCUUUCCAGCUCUUUCUUGAAAUCUACAAAAUGGACGAUCAGAAAAAGAUGUUGUGGCGAAGUGAGGUGACGAAACAGCCGAAAUUGACAUGGAAACCGUUCACAGUACAAUCCGACGACUUUUAUGGAGGCGAUGGGGAGGGGUACGUGCAUUUUUGUCGAGGGCAAGUGGAGGGAGGAGAUUGAUUAGUUUCAGUGGUCAAAUCGAGAUUUGUUUGGUGAGCGAUGACGAUCGUGAGGGUGUCAUCGGGCACGCAGUUGUGAGCACAGAGGUCGUCAAGUCGAUGGAACCGAUUUCGGUGAGUUUUAGUCAAGUUUCAACCAAGUCCCAUCACUCUAAAGUUGAUAAUAACAUUGGCUGUCUCAUCUCAAAAAAAGUUCUUCACAAAAACGACUUCCAGCUCUUCAACGAAACCUACAAACAAGGCCGCAAACCGAUCGGAGAGCUGCGUGCGACGCGUUGCCAGCACCUGCGCAUCUGCUCCUUCCUCGACUACAUCCGCUCGGGCACUUCCCUCCGAUUUGCAGUCGCCAUUGACUUCUCGGCGCGUGAACCUCAGAACUUAUCCCACGAGGAUCAUCUCCAGUACUCCAACGACAUCGAGUUCGUCGUGCGAUGCCUCGGCGAGACUCUGGAGCCCUUCAACCCGACCAACUCGUUUCUGUCCUACGGAUUCGGCGCCAAGAUCCCACCGCAAUACCGAGACUCCAACAACUUUUGCCUGUCGCUGGACGUCGAAGCCACGUGUCAAGGAGUGAACGGAGUGCUGAAUGCGUUCGCAAAGUGCUAUCAGAGGGUUCAGCCGUUGCCAUCCGCAAAGUUCGCUCAAAUCAUCUAUCAUCUGGCCAAACAGGCGCAGAACACUUUCAACCGAGAGCCGGACAACGCCAAUUACUAUGUGCUUUUUGUCGUCACACGUGGAAGCAUUGACGAUCUGAAGGAGACUGUGCAGGCGGCGAUUUUCGCGUCGAAAGCCCCGAUUUCAAUCGUUUUUAUCGGGGUCGGUUGUGAAGGAUUGGACGAGAUCGAACGGAUGGGCAAUGCGGGAAAACGAUUGGAGUUCCAGGGAAGGAAGAGCGAACGGGACAACCUGCAGGUAUUUGAGAAGCGAAAAACUUUUAAGUUAGUACAUAUUUCCAGUUUGUGAACGCCACAAAGACCCGGUUGGAGUGCGAUAAUUACACCGACAUGGCAUCAAUGUUUUUGGAAAGAUCGCUUCAGCAGGUACCGUGAAUAUUGUAAUAGAAGAGCGCACCGACACAGUCUAUUUGAGAUGGGGGUAUCUAAUUUACUGCUAAACAUAUAAAAAAGUUGUCAACUGACAAAAUGGACACAAAGUUUUGAUGAACAAUGUUUUAGUUGACAACUUUUUGAUAUCUCCACCGGCAGCUGACAGUUGUUCAGAUUCCGUGGCAAUGCUCCACAUUCUUCAUGCAAAACCAUGUGCUACCAGGGACCGGCUCCAGUGGCCAAGGCUUGAUGGUCCCGAGUAGCAGCAGCCGAAGACCCAGCGCGACGGUCGGAGAAGAAGAAGAAGAAGAGAGUAGGAUGAGGACGAGUAGCAGUGGGGAACAGCCGACAAGAAGGUAACCGAGAGGUCGCAGGUCCGAGUAGAUCAAAAUUCUUAUUCUUAUUACAGUCGCCGCACGCGUCUCUCGACUGAAAUGCGCUCGCUCACACUCGACGACUCCCGAUGA